GCCUCAGCGGCCGCGGAGCCGCCGAGCGGGACCGGGAACGAGUGAGGGGCUGGGACGGGACCUCCGGGACGGAACGGACCCCCAGAGUGGAGCUGGAGAUGAUCUCCCACAUGGAUCGUAAGGAGGAACUGUGGUUCUCCCACCUCUGCACCUUCCAAGUGAAGACCGAGAUGGUUCUGAGCGACACCUGUGCAGCUGAAGAUGGGAUUGUGAGCAAGAAAGAGGAGAAUGCCCACCAAGGCAUCCCUGGGCCAGCAGAGCCCAAGGCUUUACUCUCAGGACUCUCCAAGGAGAACAAUUCCCAGAAUCCAGCACAGGACCCAGUCGUCCCACACAGGUCAGAAGGAGUUCAGAGACCUCUGGGGAAGAGGCAAAGCCGAGCGAUGCUGCGUGGGAAGAGUCUCAGGAGGCCGACAGACAUUACCCAGCAGAGAAAUCCAUCUGUGGGGAGACUGAUGGUAUGUGGGGACUGCGGGAAGGGCUUCCGGGUGAGCUCCAACCUCAUCCAGCACCGGAGGAUCCACACCGGAGAGAAACCCUUCGGCUGUGCCGAGUGCGGGGGCAGUUUCCGGCAACGCUCUCAUCUCAUCCAGCACCAGAGAACCCACACGGGGGAGAGGCCCUACGAGUGCUCCGACUGCGGGAAGACCUUCAGCGUGAGCUCCAAGCUGCUCCGCCACCAGGUGACCCACACCGGGGAGAAGCCCUACAGGUGUUCCGAGUGCGGGAAGAGCUUCUCCGGGAACGCCCAGCUCGUGCAGCACCGGCGGGUGCACACGGGGGAGAGGCCCUACGAGUGCGGCAGCUGCGGGAGGAGCUUCAGCGUGAGCUCGGCACUGGCGCGGCACCGGCGCGUCCACACCGGGGAAAAGCCCUACGGCUGCUCCGAGUGCGGGAAGAGCUUCAGCCAGAGCUCCGAGCUCAUGAAGCACCAGCGGGUCCACACCGGGGAGAAGCCGUACGGGUGCUCCGAGUGCGGGAAGAGCUUCACCGUGAGCUCCGCCCUCAUCCAGCACCGGCGGUUCCACACGGGCGAGCGCCCGUACGGGUGCUCCGAGUGCGGGAAGAGCUUCACGGUGAGCUCGCACCUCAUCCAGCACCGCCGCUUCCACACCGGGGAGCGCCCCUUCAGGUGCGUGGAGUGCGGGAAGAGCUUCCUGUGGAGGUCGGCGCUGCUGCGGCACCGGCGGGUGCACACCGGGGAGCGCCCGUACGCCUGUGCCGACUGCGGGGACAGCUUUCGGCAGAGCGCCCACCUCACCCAGCACCGCCGCACACACACCGGGGAGCGCCCCUUCGCCUGCGCCGACUGCGGCAGGGGCUUCGCCGUCAGCUCCGCGCUGCUGCGGCACCGCCGCACCCACGGGGCCGGGCAGCCCUAGGGCGGCGUGGGCAGCGGGGCCGAUCGCUGCGAGCCUGGCGUCUCUGCUUCACUGACAGCCCUGCUCCUGGAGGGGGAAGGCAGCUUAUUUUAGGAGAACAAGCCCCAAAGGAGAGAGAGAGAAGAAAGGGAGAGGCAGUGCGAGCAGCUGGAGGUUUGGGGAGAAGCAUGGGCUCAGCACGGGAAGGCGCUGGUGGUCGGAGGGGAAGCUCUUGGGAGAGAGAGUAAGUGGUCUGAAAAGGCUGGAAUGUGCCUGAUGUAUUUCAGAGGGAGGUAAAUGACUCUCCUGUGCUCACGCGUUAUGGACCAUUAAUAGUGAACCAAACGGACCAUCUCAAACGCUCUUGAUUUCUGUGUUCAGAGACACCGGGCUCAGCCCACGGGCUGGGGCUGUAGCACAGAGAAGCCCCAGGCCUGAUGUCCUCAGCCGCCUUGCGAGGGCUGUCCGAGUGUGCCGCCGGCCCCGCAGGGGCCGUGGGGCGGAGCCGCGCUAGGUGUUGCUGCCGCAGCCAAUAAAGCCGCGGGUACCGAA